AUAAGGACGUGUGCCAGCCUCAGAGUUUGGUGAAGGCUUCUGUGCAAGGACGGGUCAUCGGGCUUUCCCUCCAUCAUUGGAUACUGUGCUCCAAGGACCAUGGUCUGCUGAGAAAGAGGAGGAACUCAACAGGGGGCACGAGUGACACUCCACUGAACAUACAGCAGGGGAACAACAGAAGCAGGCCAAGCCGGAAGAAGUGGGAAGCAGCUUUAAACACAACAAGGGGACAGGUGCGGUAGGGCAAAAAUGGAAAACGCCCAUGCCAAAACAUCGGAAGAGUGCCUGGCUUACUUUGGAGUAAGUGAGCAUACAGGCCUCUCUCCUGAGCAGGUGAAGAAGAAUCUGGAAAAAUAUGGACCCAAUGAACUCCCAGCUGAAGAAGGCAAAACUAUAUGGGAGCUGGUGGUGGAACAAUUUGAAGACUUGCUUGUGCGAAUUCUCCUGCUCGCAGCCUGCAUCUCUUUCGUGCUGGCAUGGUUUGAAGAGGGUGAAGAAACUGUCACCGCUUUUGUGGAACCAUUUGUCAUCCUAUUGAUCCUGAUUGCCAAUGCCAUUGUUGGAGUAUGGCAGGAACGAAAUGCCGAGAAUGCCAUUGAGGCCCUAAAGGAGUAUGAACCUGAAAUGGGCAAGGUCUAUCGAUCUGACAGGAAGGCGGUACAGAGAAUAAAGGCCAAAGACAUGGUCCCUGGAGACAUUGCAGAGGUGGCAGUUGGUGACAAAGUCCCAGCUGAUAUUCGCAUAAUUUCCAUCAAAUCCACCACUCUGCGUGUGGACCAGUCCAUUCUGACAGGUGAAUCUGUCUCUGUGAUCAAACAUACUGAUCCUGUCCCAGAUCCCCGGGCUGUAAAUCAGGACAAGAAGAACAUGCUGUUUUCUGGUACCAACAUUGGUGCCGGCAAGGCUGUUGGUAUCGUCAUCGCCACAGGCGUGAGCACUGAAAUCGGUAAGAUCCGCGAUGAAAUGGCAGCCACAGAGCAAGAGAAGACGCCAUUGCAGCAGAAACUGGACGAGUUUGGUGAGCAGCUGUCCAAAGUCAUCUCCCUCAUCUGCGUGGCUGUCUGGCUCAUCAACAUCGGGCAUUUCAACGACCCCAUACACGGCGGCUCCUGGAUCCGUGGCGCCAUCUACUACUUCAAGAUUGCCGUCGCCCUUGCUGUGGCUGCCAUCCCAGAAGCUUUUGCUGUCAUUAUGUUUGUUGUGGACAAAAUAGAGGGAGAUUUUUGUGCCUUGAAUGAAUUCAGUAUCACUGGUUCCACCUAUGCCCCUGAAGGAGAAGUAUUUAAGAAUGAUAAACAAGUCAAAACUGGACAAUAUGAUGGUCUUGUUGAACUAGCCACGAUUUGUGCCCUUUGCAAUGACUCUUCACUGGAUUUCAAUGAGUCCAAAGGUGUAUUUGAGAAGGUUGGAGAGGCCACUGAAACUGCCCUUACCUGCUUGGUUGAAAAGAUGAAUGUCUUCAACACAGAUGUACGAAAUCUCAGCAAGGUGGACCGUGCCAAUGCCUGCAACUCAGUAAGUACAUUCUCCUUCCAGGAACUGACUGUCAUUAGAGUGUCAGGCACAGGGAACCAAGACCGCCGUGAUUAA